CCCMUGUGGGUAAAGAAACCACCGCACGGGAGCUGCUGAGGCACCAAGGUCAGCCUCUCAGGGAGAAGCGACGCCCGGGACUGUGUUCUCACGGAGGAGUAUGCUGCCGCCACUGAGCCGUCACAUCUCACCACCACCACCAGCACCAUGGGCGAGUGCGAGCACUGUACGCGCGAGACGCCGGCUUUAGAGGACGACGACGUGGCUGUCGUGCUGUUUGACGAAGAAGUCGUCAGCCAGGAAACGCAAAACCAGCGCGACCGAGAAGAGGAACAAGACGAAGAACGCAGCGGCGAACAGACAGAGGAGACGAUACAUUUGAGGAGCAACUGGCUCAGUCACGAUGAAGAGGAGGGAAGAAGCGAGCGUUCACGGGGGAAGGCGACGCUGUGUCCACCGGCGUGUUGCGUCAGAACCAGCCCAGCAUCCUCUUCCUCCUCCUCACCGACAAGCGCAGGUGAAGAGAAACCAAAAAGAUGUCCAGGUCUGGGACUGUUCUAUGCUUUCCUGUCCACCCUUGUCUUCUCCAUCGUUUCUCUUUUGGUGAAAACCAUCCAGGACAUCCACGCCAUAGAGAUCAGUGCAAUACGUUGCUUAUUCCAGAUGAUUUUCGUUGUGCCGUUACUCAUCUAUCACAAGACAGGUUUCCUUGGUCCCAGAGACAAACGUAUUUAUCUGGUGCUUCGAGGUUUCCUCGGUUCCAUUGCAACAAUCCUGUUCUACUACGCCAUUCAGCAGAUGCCGCUGGCAGACGCCAUCGUCAUCAUGUUCAGCAAUCCAGUCUUUACCUCCCUGCUGGCUUGGGUCUUCCUGAAGGAGAAAUGUACAAUCUGGGACUUUGUUUUCACCAUUUUCACCAUCGCAGGAGUCAUCCUUGUGGCCCGYCCAUCGUUCAUCUUUGGCGAGCGUCUUAGCAGCGCCGAGGGCGUUAAUCACGUCAAGGGAGCCGCUGCUGCUUUUGCAGGAGCGAUCGCAGCUGCCUUUACAUUCGUCAUUCUCCGCAAGAUGGGGAAGAGCGUCCACUACUACCUCUCCUUGUGGUACUAUGCCGUCAUUGGCCUCAUCGCCAGCGUCAUAACUGUAUCCGUCCUCGGGGAGUGGAAAGUGCCAAACUGCGGCCGCGAUCGCUGGAUGCUGAUUGUCAUCGCUGUCCUGGGCAUCGCUGGCCAGACCUUCCUCACAAAGGCGCUGCAGAUCGAGAAAGCCGGCCCCGUGUCCCUGUUGAGGACUGUGGACGUGGUGCUGGCCUUUAUCUUCCAGUUCAUUUUCUUCAACCUCGURCCGACAUGGUGGAGCCUCGGCGGGGCGCUGUGCGUGGUGGUGAGCACCAGCGGAGUAGCCGUUAGGAAGUGGUACACCAGCUCCCACAAAAACAAAGAUGGCGGCAACAUGUGAUGUCAGACUAUAGUUUAGGUUUUUCUCCUUCAGUAACACAUUUAUGACUUUUUCUGCACUUGUUUGUUGUUUAGGUGAAAAACCAGAGAGAAGGUUCAGCCUCGUUCAAGGCUUGAAAUUAGAAUUUUAAAGGUGAUUUCUGUGUAUUUAUACAUGUUGAUUCUUUAAAGUCAACUUGUGUAAUUUACUGUAUGCAAAUUUUUGUGUAAAAUUAACUCACCUCUGUAGGGAAUAAGAGGAAAAGCCAAAAGCUUUUCUCCUUGUAAGUAGCUUAAGUAAAUGUAAAGGCUCUGAAAGUUAGGUUUCAACUGAAAGAAGCAAUUUAAUCUUAUUUUUGAUUCACUUUAAGUGCAAUAGCCUAAAAGAAACACUGUUCUUAUGGUGCUAUGUUUCCCAAAAAUAAUAGAUAUAAAUUUUUGUGUGUGAUUUGCACUGAGCGCUAAUGAAUGAAAACCUUAGCUAAGCACUUAGAAGCAUUUAUAGCUUUUGAGACAGAGUGUUUGUUUUUAUAAUACUUUAAUUUUAAACACUAAUUAUAACAAAGACUUUAAAUCCCCACUUGGGUGGGCAUUGUUCUUGAGAAUAUUCUAAAUAAUUGCCUCAGGGAUUUCUCAUUUGUUUUGGGUUGCACAAAUUACACUUACUGAUUUAUUUGUUUUAUAUUUGACGAUAGGAUCUCUAACAUAUCUGUAAAAUGAAGGGAACUUAAAUCUCCAGCMGUUUGCCUUGUAGUUUGAUCAUAACCAGCAGCUUGUACAGGCAUGCUAAUGGUAUUAAGCCACACAACAACAUAUAUAUA